UCGCUUCACUUCAGUGCCAUGGCGGCUCCGGAGUCCGCACUCGGCCCGACACCAGGACCACUUGGACGAGUGACCACUGCUGGAAGCAUUGAGUCGGUGCCAGUUGCGAAUCGUGGACAGUCUCAGAUUUCGGGUUUUUCAGUUUGGAGAUGGCCCUCACAGCCUGGGAAGCUGCCAUUGUAUGUGCAGAGGGCCUUUGCCGUAAAGAUGUUCGGACUUCUGGCCUUCCAAUUGCUCCUUUGUUUGGCUCUGAUGUUGCCAGCGCAUAGGUUGUGUCAGAGCUGGCACUUCACCCCGCGAGUGGCGAAAACGGACCCAACGGAACGCACCAACUCAUCGGUCUUCGCUGAUGUGAUGCCGGUGGACCAACCUGGUGUUUUAUUAGCCCUGUAUUAUGGCCUCAGCUUUGCCUGCAUGCUGAUGCUGAUCUUGCAGUGGUGGGUACGUGACAGGUACCCUUGGAACUACUUUUGCUCCUUCGUCUCUACGCUCAUGGUGGGUGCCUUCUUUGGGAUCAGUGACGAACUGCUCCUGGUGCAGAUCCACACUCGGCUGCUUUGUAUUGUGACCCUGACCAUGUCGAUUUCAUCGCUUUUGUGCUGCCUGUUCCUCCGUGAAAAGUGGUGUAAAAACCUCGUUCUAGUGACCUUGGGAAGCAUUGGCAUUGGCUGGGCAGUGGCAUCGAUCACGGUGCUUGCAGUCUCUCAAGUGCUAGAUCCAGUCAACUUCUUUGGGAAGACCUGCACAGCUUGUUUGCUCGCCGCCUUUGUUUUGACCUUUCUGCUCGUGCAUGCGUGGAACUCUCUGAUGAACAGCAAGGUGGAUGAUCUCGUAGGUAUUGUGGCAGUGAUGGACGCAAGCCUCCUGGCAGUUGUGAGCCUUCCAUUUCUCUUCCUACUCUUGGCUUUUUGCGCGCCAUCCUCUGCUAUGCAAAUCCAGCAGGGUGGUGUCGCAGAACCAUCACCAGAGGAUGUAGAGGUGUGAGUCUCUGAUUUUCACAGGGUUGAGUUUCACGCGGUUUGACCAAGCCGUUUGGUGAAAUUGAAACUUAAGGACACUCUUGUUUACCGUGAGGUGAUUUUAAAGCAUGUUUGUACAGCAGCAAUUGAUCAUAUGACUGCCAGCAGCACUUUUCUGCGAGCUGACGGAAAGGUGCUGUGGCUUUUUUUUCGAUGUUUGUGCAAUACAAAGCAGCUCCUUUUGCAACGGCACGGCCUACACUCAGUGUGUAGGAGCAAGUCUUGUUGCAAAGGAGCGAUGUGGCGGAGGCGCUCAAAGAGGUUGCACAGGCACCAGAUCCAAGCAGCAAUUUAGCCGCGGUUGACUUUAAGAAUUUGGUAUAAAGUAAUUGUACCGUAUGCAAUUGUGUUGCUUGAAGCAAUUUUUAGCGCCGUAAAGUUACAGAGGUCCGACAGUUGUACAGGUUGCUCCUCGCGUGACUGUCACAUUUCCAAUGCGAACAUCGCUGACCUGCGACCGCAGGUUGUGUCUCUUGUAGGUUGAAUUCGGCAGGCUGAAGGCAUCUGAAAGCGGUCAGCCGCUUGAGAAUGGGAUGCUGUUAGGGCAUCUCUCUUUCGACAUCUUUCGAGCGCGACUUCUCGCCUUCGGCUAAGAAUCCUUGGGUGCCCGCUGUCAGCAGGAGGGGUUGGUUCUGUUGAAAGGUGAAGAUAAACUUCGCGAAACAAUUGAAAUCGAAGAUCAUAG